CUGUUUGGCAAAUCCUAUUUGAAAGUACAAACAGGAGAAAUUGCAGCCAACGGGUUCAAAGUCACUGGAUUGUGGCCUUUAAAUAAAAAUGUCUUCAGUGAUAUGGACUUCAUUGGUGCGCAACAAAAAGCUGUAAUAGACUGUUGUACAACCAAUAUCCCUCCGCUAGAGUCAAGAUCUAAAACUGGUCAAGUUCUGGUAGAAAUACCUGCACCACAAACAGCUGAUAAUUUACAACCUGAACCUGCACUUUCGACUUCUGGGCUUCAUCGCAACAGUUUGGGUCUGGUGUCUCCGCAAGCCUUAAGUGCAGUGACAGAGAAACGAAGAAAAGUAUCUAGCAGAGGAAGAAAAGCUGCUGUAGCAGCAGUCAUAACAUCUUCUCCCUACAAAAAUGAUUUAGAAAAUAAAAAUACGCUUAGAAAAAGGAAAUACGAAUGUGAUUGUGCCUCAUUGAUUAACGAAUUUCGGAAGGAGAUGAUGUCUUUUUUUUCAUGA